CUCCCCCCCACCCCAUCCCCGGCCGGUCCCUUCCGUUUCCCCGGCUCCCGGCGUGACAUCUGCGGAGCGGGGACCUGGAUGCGCGCGCGCGCGCGGGAGCGGAAGAAUGGCAGUGCUCAAACUCUGCGACCAGCCACCGCUGGUCCAGGCCAUCUUCAGCGGAGACCCAGAAGAGAUUCGUAUGCUCAUCCACAAGACGGAGGACGUGAACGCGCUGGACUCUGAGAAACGGACUCCGCUUCAUGUGGCUGCAUUCCUGGGAGAUGCAGAGAUCAUUGAACUCCUGAUUCUGUCAGGAGCUCGCGUCAAUGCCAAGGACAACAUGUGGCUGACCCCGCUGCACCGCGCUGUCGCCUCCAGAAGUGAAGAGGCAGUGCAAGUAUUGAUUAAACACUCGGCUGAUGUCAAUGCGAGAGACAAGAAUUGGCAGACCCCCCUCCACGUGGCGGCCGCCAAUAAGGCUGUCAAGUGUGCAGAAGUGAUCAUUCCACUACUGAGCAGUGUCAAUGUCUCUGACAGAGGCGGGCGCACAGCCUUGCACCACGCGGCUCUGAAUGGACACAUGGAGAUGGUCAGUUUACUCUUGGCCAAAGGGGCAAACAUCAACGCAUUUGACAAGAAGGACCGGCGUGCUCUCCACUGGGCAGCGUACAUGGGCCACCUGGACGUUGUCGCACUACUUAUUAACCAUGGUGCAGAAGUUACCUGCAAGGAUAAGAAGGGUUACACCCCCCUGCAUGCUGCAGCCUCCAACGGGCAGAUCAGUGUUGUCAAGCAUCUCCUGAACCUGGGGGUAGAGAUUGAUGAAAUCAACGUCUAUGGAAACACAGCGCUCCACAUUGCCUGCUACAACGGGCAGGAUGCUGUCGUUAACGAGCUCAUCGACUACGGUGCUAACGUGAACCAGCCCAACAACAGCGGCUUCACCCCCCUGCACUUUGCAGCGGCAUCCACGCACGGUGCUCUGUGUCUGGAGUUGUUAGUAAACAACGGAGCCGACGUGAACAUCCAGAGUAAAGAUGGCAAAAGUCCCCUGCACAUGACGGCUGUCCAUGGACGGUUCACGCGCUCACAAACCCUCAUCCAGAAUGGAGGCGAAAUUGACUGUGUGGAUAAGGAUGGCAACACCCCCCUGCAUGUGGCUGCAAGAUACGGUCACGAGCUCCUGAUCAACACCCUAAUAACUAGCGGAGCCGACACAGCCAAGUGUGGAAUCCAUAGCAUGUUUCCCCUCCAUUUAGCUGCCCUAAAUGCCCACUCUGACUGCUGCAGGAAGUUGUUACUAUCCGGACAAAAGUAUAGCAUAGUGUCCUUGUUUAGUAAUGAGCACGUGCUGUCUGCAGGCUUUGAAAUAGACACCCCAGAUACGUUUGGAAGAACGUGCCUUCACGCUGCUGCUGCAGGAGGCAAUGUAGAAUGUAUAAAACUCCUGCAGAGCAGUGGAGCAGAUUUUCACAAAAAGGACAAAUGUGGGAGGACCCCUUUGCACUACGCAGCUGCGAAUUGCCAUUUCCACUGUAUUAAAGCAUUAGUGACCACAGGAGCCAACGUUAAUCAAACAGAUGACUGGGGACGGACAGCCCUGCACUAUGCCGCCGCGUCAGACAUGGAUAGGAAUAAGAUGGUCUUAGGAAACGCCCAUGACAAUACUGAAGAACUUGAAAGAACGAGGGAAAUGAAGGAAAAAGAUGCUGCACUAUGUCUAGAGUUUCUGCUUCAAAAUGAUGCAAACCCAUCCAUCCGGGACAAGGAGGGCUACAGUAGCGUCCACUAUGCUGCCGCCUAUGGCCACAGACAGUGUCUAGAACUGCUCUUGGAAAGAACCAAGAUUGGUUUUGAAGAGUCAGGUCGCGGUGCUCCCAAGAGCCCGCUCCACUUAGCGGCCUACAAUGGGCACCACCAAGCCUUGGAGGUCCUUCUGCAGUCGCUGGUGGACCUGGACAUCAGGGACGAGAAAGGCCGGACGGCUCUGUACCUAGCUGCUUUCAAGGGGCACACAGAGUGUGUGGAAGCGCUUGUUAACCAGGGCGCGUCCAUCUUUGUAAAAGACAGAGUCACCAAAAGAACUCCACUUCACGCCUCAGUUAUUAACGGUCACACGCUGUGUCUGAGGCUGCUCCUCGAAAUAGCAGACAACCCAGAGGUGGUGGAUGUGAGAGACGCCAAGGGACAAACCCCGCUGAUGCUUGCAGUAGCGUACGGACACAUCGACGCUGUUUCCUUGUUGCUUGAAAAGGAGGCGGACGUAGAUGCCGUUGACGUAGUGGGAUGCACAGCCUUGCAUAGAGGGAUUAUGACAGGGCACGAGGAAUGUGUGCAAAUGCUGCUGGAACAGGAUGCGUCGAUCCUCUGUAAAGAUUCCAGAGGGAGGACACCCCUGCACUACGCGGCCGCUCGGGGCCACGCCACGUGGCUGAGUGAGCUGCUCCAGAUCGCCCAGUCUGAAGAGGACUGUUAUCUCAAAGACAACCAGGGCUACACACCACUGCACUGGGCCUGUUACAACGGUAAUGAAAACUGCAUAGAGGUACUUUUGGAGCAAAAAUGUUUUCGAAAAUUUAUCGGUAAUCCCUUCACUCCAUUGCACUGUGCAAUAAUAAAUGGUCAUGAGAACUGUGCAUCGCUGCUACUGGGGGCCAUAGAUUCCAGCAUCGUCAGUUGUAGGGAUAACAAAGGCAGGACAACCCUCCAUGCAGCAGCCUUCGGUGAUCAUGCGGCGUGCCUGCAGCUGCUUCUGAGACACGAUGCUCAAGUGAACGCUGUAGAUAAUUCAGGGAAAACAGCGCUGAUGAUGGCUGCUGAGAACGGGCAGGCCAGCGCUGUGGAUAUUUUGGUGAACAGUGCCCACGCUGACCUGACUGUGAAGGACAAGGACUUGAACACUCCCUUACAUCUGGCUAUCAGUAAAGGCCAUGAGAGAUGUGCCUUGUUAAUACUUGACAAGAUACAAGAUGAGAGCCUUAUUAACGCGAAAAACAGUGCUCUGCAGACACCUCUCCAUAUUGCCGCACGCAAUGGCUUGAAGGUGGUAGUUGAGGAGUUGCUGGCCAAAGGAGCCUGUGUCCUUGCUGUAGAUGAAAAUGGUCACACCCCGGCCCUGGCUUGUGCUCCUAACAAAGACGUGGCUGACUGCCUGGCCCUCAUUCUGGCUACCAUGAUGCCUUUCUCUCCUUCCAGUUCAAUGGCGGCUGUCAACUUCGUUUGUUUUAGAAAAGAGAAUUUGAGCAGAUCAAGCCUCUCCAACCUGGGCAGUAGGGUUAGUCUGUGCAGUAACAACGUGGGCUCUGAGGACGGGUACAAUGAAAAUGAUUCUGAUUCGGAAACAUUCUAACUCUGGACUGUAGAGGCGUUUCCUCGAUUGCCUGUGUUUCAGGAAGGGGUGGCAGCUUGAAUUCCAGGUUUCUGUUGCAUUCAAGUAUUGAGGCCAGGCUUCCAGAGCCAGUAGAAAGGUGUCAGUCUAACCAAGAGAGGGCAAGUAGGCUAUAGGCUGAAACACACAGAUGGGCCUGGGUUGUGUUUUGCUUCAUGUUUUCUUUAAGUCUAAGGUAUUUCUAUGAAUGUCUACCUCUCAUUUUAAGUAAGGAAAAAAAAUUAAGUAUGUAAUUCUUCAUCUAUGUGGAUAAUGCAACAGAGAGACAAAUGUUCAGUCUAAAGACUUUCUUUUUUCCACAUACUCGCCAGUGAGUUCUGUGAGGUCUGUAAAGGUGAAGUUCAUGUCCCUUGGGAGGGGAGGGAAGAGGAGACAGGAAAUGCCUAGACCCUCUUCUCACUCUGCUGUUUACUUCCUCACUAGAAGCCAAAGGUCAAGGUUCAUCUUCAGACAUAAUGCCUAUAAAUCAACCUCUUAAGGGAGUCCACCUGACCCUCCCUCCUCUUUAGGAAGCAGUAAAUACUGAGCUUCUUCCCAGGAUCUCAGUUACAGUUGCCAGAUGAAUGUGAACAUUGAUUAUGGUUUUGUUUUGUUUUAUUCCAUUUUGUUAAACACAAAUGAAAUAGCACCAGGGCUCUCCAUAAGAAACCUGUGAGUAAUUUUUCAGUGGAGUAAUGGAUCCCAACUUUAUCCAAUAACAUUUCAGGUGAAAUUGCAUUGUGCCAAAACUUGAAACAAUAUGCAAGUCAAAUAGGAAAUCGCUGUUUAUUGAAUUUGCUCUUAAAUGAAAAUGCUAACUUUGCAAGGGCAUUAGAAUGGCUGGCACUGUCCUUCAAUGGUAGAAUAGCAAAAUAGCUACUCAGUCAAGCUCAUGCCACAGGAGUUACAGUGUGCCUGUAAGAGGGAACCAAGAAAGUGAAAGCAGAAAGCAGAAAUGGUUGAUGUGGAAGUGCAAGCCAAUUGCCAGUCGCUUCAGUAAUAAAAUCAGCAUUGUGAAUACUGUGUCUGCUCCCUCUGCCAAAGCUUCUAGGUCGAAUGGACCCCGUUCUCCACCUGGAACGGCUGUACGAAAAGAAGAAUGAGGCUUUAAGAAUUGCAUACAUACACAUGACACGUGUAUAUUUAUGUCUAUACUUCAUCAACCAGCUAUCCAUGAGGACCAAAAUGUUUCUGCCUAAACUGGGAGAUUUUAAACUCUUUCUUUCUAAAUGCAAGUGAGAACUGUUGUAACUUUUCUAUGGGGUUAAAAUGUAAUCUUUUUUGCAUACCAGACUUUAUUGUAUUUUAUAUUUCUAAUGACACAUUUCUAGUUGACUGCUUGACAUUUGUAACUGAUGAUGUGUUGACAACAGGUUUUUGUUUGUUUUGUUUUCCAAGUAGAGAAUAUGUCUGUAUGCUUUGAUGUAAAUGUGUUUGUAUUUAUUUGAAAUGAAACAAAUGCGGAGGAAAUAUCCACUGUUUAGGUUUCCCUUUUUUCCCCUCUCUGUUCCUUUCCCUCUCUCCUACCUGUCCUCCCUCCCUCUGACCUCUGUCUCUCCCCCUCUUUUGUUUUAGUUGCUACAUACCUAUUUAGAAUAACAAAGUAGGUGGGGAAGAGCCUGGACUCUGAGCUAGCCAAUAGCUCUAGGAUUAAACCCAGCAUUUCCCACUUCCACCAGCUGGCUCUUGGGUUUUACCAUUGCUUAGCCCGGCUUUAUAGCCAAUCAGAGCCCUUCUGUGAGAUGAGACCUGAUGUAGCAGAUUAUCUAGACACAGGUAGCCCAAAGAAAGACCCAGAGACUGCAGAAACUACACCAAAACACACCACAUGGUCCUGACAACUGAAUGGGAAAUGAUACCAGGUACGGGCACUAUGCCAAGAAAAGGAAUUAAAAAACAAACCCAAGCCUGAGUGCCAUAUUCCAGGCUGAAGAUCCAGGAAAGCCACAGCAGUGGGGCACAGCUUUACAGUGGAUUCUCUUUUCUCCUUUGAAUGUUCUAUUUUCUAGUAUUUUAAAAACAGUGUCCUAUCACAUCUAGAUCAGACCCAGAGAACGUAUUCUAUUGUUUUCGUCAAGCUAUAAGAGCCCUUACUCUUUUAAUAUCCUGGAUUUAAUUAAAAUUCAUGUUGGUUCUUCACAAAUGAAAACUUGUUCAGUGGUUUUAUAAAACUGAUAAUGAUUUUAUAAAAAAAAUUUUUUUUUUUUUUACACCAGCAACAUUUUGUUUUUAUUUUUACCUUCUUGGUGUAAUGUGCCCCGCCAUCUGUUUUUGUUGUUGUUGUUAUUUUGUUUUGGUUUUUUUGUUUAGAGCAGGUGCAUUUUAAAUAAGGAGACAGACUGCUAAUGAGCAGCAAUGACCUUAUCUUUAGGGAACCCUGAAGAUUAAGGCAGUUCUCUCACUGAAGAAGUGUGAUUUGCUGUAGCAUCUCUAUAGGAAUGCAAGUCUUGCUGGUUUGUCAUUUAAAACAGGAAAUGAAAUACCUGCAUUGCUGGUGAUGCAGCAGAGAGCAAAAGGGUCGCUUCAGCAAAGAAGUGACCUAGCAGGAGCCAUUGUGUCCACAGAGAUGCACUGACCUUCCCUGGCUCUUUCUGAUAAAGGACAAAGGGACACGAGGAAAUCAAGCUUGCCAAUAGCCGUUCUUCUGAGCUGGUCUGUCUGUCUUUCUGUCUUUCUACUUGUCUGUCUGUCUCCCCUUCUCUGGCUCUGCUCCCCAUUCCCCCAUCCAACAAGACCAAAUUUUUUAGAAGAAAUAAUAUUUUUAGAAGAAAUAACAUCUAUAUAUUUCAGUUGUCUCAUAAAUGCAGCAUCGCUUUCUGAGGGGAAAAUACUUUCAGUCAUCCCAGUGGCUCCGUGCUUCUACCGAAAUGCAUUGUUCUUGGAGUGUAUUUUAGCCACCACAAGGACCAUGUUCCAUUGCACAUCCCUGUUCACUGGUGUCUGUCUGUCUCUGGUAAAUUCAUUACUAUCUCCAAAUUGCCUAACGUCCUAGUAAAUAAUAGCUCAGGGGAUUUCUAUUCAUCACUACUUAAAGGGCACCAUGGUAUGAUCUGGUACUUUGGGCAGUAAGCGGUUGCUUGACUUAUUGUUGAGAAAGAUCAAGAACACCGGACGGAUUUGCUGCUCUAGUUAUACCGCGUGCUGUUGAGCAGCUUGGUUUGCGGACCCGUUGUGCUGGUUGAGGAGUUCACCCCUUUGUGGUCGUGUGAUAUGACGUUAGAGUGCCUUUUUAUAUUUGUAUAUCCUGGAAAUGUUCCAUGUAAUGUUCUGUAUUUUUCAUUUGAGUGUUAUUGAAGCAAUAUAAUCCUAGUGAGUUUUCCUUUCUUUGAAUGUACCUCUCCUGUUUCUACCUUCCUCUUUGAACGAAAAUGCUCAAGUUUUCUAUAGGAAUUGUAUUUGGCUUUGCAGUGCUCAAAUGCUUUCUUCUUACAGAACUGUAAACCAUAGGUCAGUAUUAUAGAGGAACAGCAUUUUAAGAUAGUGACAAUCUGCGUGUGUGUGUGUGUGUGUGUGUGUGUGUGUGUGUGUAAAACGUAAUUCUGUGAGUUUCCUACACAGUGAUCUGAAGCUCCAGUGCAAGAACCUUUUGUUUAGUAGUUUUGUCUACAGACUACGCUUCGGCAUGUGCAAUAUACCCUUGCAAAGCACGAUGAUACACAUCUUGUGCCAGUGUUAUAUUUUGUAUAACAUAUUCGUAACAACAUAAACUACUAUGUAAUUUCAGUGGGAUUUUGUCUGCAGUUUUAAAAUGUGGACCAGAGUUGAAUGACUCUGAUAAGCGUCCUGAGUGUAAAAAUGAGGAAAAUCGCUUUGGGUUCAGUGAAGGACUUUGAACUGGACUGAACCUUCCCCAGCACAGUUUCAUACUUUGGCAACUACUGAAUGCUCUAAUAAUACAAUGAAGUACUUACCUGUAAUAUACGAUGGACAUGCAUUCAGAUGGUUAUUUUUACAAAUAAAAACGGUACAAAUAUUGUUGCAA